AUGACAUUCUAUCACCCGACUGAUCAUUUCAGUACAAAGGGCAAAGUCAUCGUCGUUCCAGUUGUCUCUGUCGCGAACGUUGCACAGCUCGCGGCUGAUCUCCUGAUCGCUUCACUUUCCUUGCAUCGCGUAGGCAUAUUCGACCCUAGGAGCUUAGUCCCUGUCGUCGGAGCUCGCGAAGAUGAUCUUCCUGGCGUCACAACACCACUCGAGCUUUUUGGCCGUGACAAUGUUAAUAUCGCAGUCAUACAACAACGUUCUCCCGCAUUAAAGUCCUCGAAGCAGGAAUUUGUUGACUCCCUGUUGGAAUUCAUCCGUACGUCGGGAGCCUCGGCUAUUCUGGUCAUUGGCGGAGUAGACAUGUCCAACAGGACUGAUCCUCAGAUGCUUACACCUACUUGUCAGAUCGUUCCACCUGGAACACCUGAUCUGAGUUCUGGUCCACUGGCCGCCCUCACAACCCUGCCAAUACCCGUCUACACUUCACCCGUCUCCCAGUUCUUGCAUACUGAUACAGAAAGGACAAUCAUACCUUUCAUACCAGGCGGAGGGUUAUCUCGUCGAAUACUCUCCUCACUUUCCGACACAUGGCAAAUCCCGACUGCAUGUCUGUUGCAAUAUGUCAUGGAGGGGGACAACAGAGCGGAUGCCCAGCUCAUGGCAGCUGUAGUAUCCAAGGUGUUGCAAGUAGACGUUCCUAACUGGAAGCAGCCUAGCAGUUGGGGUCAUGGUCUUUUCGGUACCCCUCACGAUCAAACAUUGUAUGGUUGA